UAGAUUAUAGGAAAUUGUCUUUCUUCUUUCCAUGUAUGAAGUCAGCUCAUAGCUUAGCAGUCAUUCAUUCAUACACCAAUUCUCUCAAAAACAAAUUUCCCCACAUUUCUUUUGGUGAUAAUCCUUUUCAACAAAAACCAUCCACAAAAAAGAAGAACAAAAAAAAAAAAGAGAAAGAAAUGUUUCAAUUUCUCUAAAACGACACUCCUUCUCUAACCGACAGCGCAGUUUCCGCUUCCCUCUUCAUCGACGGCAUGCACCUCUUCAUCUUCCCUUUCCCUCCUUCACAUCCCAUAGAAGAAAAGAAAAAAAGCCGUUGACUUUUUUUUUUUUUUUGGGCUUAACUCAGACUCCAAUUUGUUGAAAGAAGAAAGAUAGUGGGUGAUAAAUGGAUCAAGGGAUACUUGAUGAUAUUAUAAAUCGGCUUUUGGAAGUUCGGGGUCGACCAGGGAAACAAGUGCAGCUAUCGGAAUCGGAGAUCCGACAACUUUGUACGGUUUCUAGAGAGAUUUUCUUACAACAACCUAAUUUGUUGGAACUUGAAGCACCCAUCAAGAUUUGUGGUGAUAUUCAUGGUCAAUAUUCUGAUCUUUUAAGGCUUUUUGAGUAUGGUGGUUUGCCUCCAAAUGCCAACUACUUGUUUUUGGGGGAUUAUGUUGAUCGAGGCAAGCAAAGUCUGGAGACAAUAUGUCUUCUUCUUGCUUACAAGAUAAAAUACCCUGAAAAUUUUUUCCUCUUGAGGGGUAACCAUGAAUGUGCUUCCAUAAACCGCAUAUAUGGUUUCUAUGAUGAGUGUAAAAGAAGAUUUAAUGUUAGGAUUUGGAGGACAUUCACAGAGUGUUUUAACUGCCUACCAGUGGCAGCACUAAUUGAUGAGAAGAUUCUAUGCAUGCAUGGAGGCCUUUCUCCUGAUCUGAAUAAUUUGGAUCAGAUUAGAAAUUUACAACGCCCAACUGACGUACCAGACACAGGUUUGCUCUGUGAUCUUCUGUGGUCAGAUCCCAGUAAAGAUGCUCAAGGUUGGGGAAUGAACGACAGGGGAGUUUCAUAUACUUUUGCUCCUGACAAAGUGUCAGAGUUUCUACAAAAUCAUGACUUAGAUCUCAUUUGCCGUGCCCACCAGGUUGUGGAGGAUGGCUAUGAGUUCUUUGCCAACCGACAACUUGUAACUAUAUUUUCAGCACCCAAUUAUUGUGGGGAGUUUGAUAAUGCUGGAGCCAUGAUGAGUGUGGAUGAGACUUUGAUGUGCUCCUUUCAAAUAUUAAAACCUGCAGAUAAGAAGUCAAAGUUUAACUUAGGGAGCACAACCACAGCCAAACCUGGGAACCCUUCAACAGGUGUCUUUGGGAGCACAACCACAGCAAAGCCUGGAAACACUCCAGGUGGAGUCAAGUCAUUCCUUGGUACAAAGGUAUGAAAGCAGCAUAUGCAGGAUAGAAGCCAGAGCCCGGUUACACAACGAACACAUGCGAAUUGCAGUUAAGAAAACUUAAGGUCCUUUUGAUUUCAAUAUAAUAUGCUCAAAUUGUAAAAAAUGGAAGAGAAAAAUCAUUAGAAACUAAUGAAGAAGAUUGUUUCUCUGAUAUAAAUUUGGGUUUGAAGGUAGAAGGUUGUAAUUUCCUUCUCUUCCUCCUUGUACACUAAUAGCUGCUACAGUUGCUGCUAUGAAUUUAUUAGCUUGUUGAGGUUAAGGUUUCGCUCAUUCUGCUCUGAGACCAUGAAGUGUGUCAGAACAGUUAAUGGCCUUAUUCUUGGUGA